UUCAGGUACAAAUUAUGCAAAGAUAAACAAGUGUCAAAUGCAAAUUGAAUUUUUAAACUAGAUUUUGUGUGACAAUUAGUUUUUUUUUUUUGCUUUAAGCAACAAUGAAAUUAAUUUCACUGUUAUUGAAUAAAGCCAUAAAACCUGAAAUGGAUUUAAAGACAUUUAUGAGACGACAGCAAGUUUUAAAGUUAUAUCGAGAUUUAUUUCGAACAACACGAAUGAUUGAAGAUAAACAAUAUAAAAGAGAAAUUCAAGAUUGGAUUCGAAGAGAUUUUCGAGCUUAUCAAAAUUUAACUGACAAUACAUCAAUUAAUAUUUAUCUAACUUAUGGGAAAAAAUGUUUAAAAGAAUUAGAAAGUAGUAUUGUUUUAGCUAGAUAAUAGUAGUAUAAAAUAAAACCUUAAAAUAUUUAUUAAA